UUUGCUGGUGAAGUUUACUUGUCUCUGCUUCUAACCCAAAACAAUAAUACUAUUAUGACGACUAACAUAUAUACCACUAAACUAAAUUCAUCUAAUUUUUAUUUUGUAAUUCGUCCAUUUUAUAAUACAAAAGAUAUACCCAACUUGAUCAUUAACUAAAGUCAAAGCGACGUUUUGUACUUUGCAAUUUUGUACUACUAACACUAUAUAUCUCUUUAUAUAUAUGUGUGUGUUUGCUCCAGAUGUCUUGAUUAAAGAGAUAGAAAGUAAGAAGAAAGAGAGCAUAGAGAGAGAUGAAGAGAAAGAGAUACGAGAUGGAGAAGAAGAAGACAGAGCUUCAAACCGCUAUAGAAGAGCUAUCUCUCGUCACAAUAACUAAACCUGUAGAUAAUACUGAAACCACACAUAUACCCUUGAGACCUCUUCUCUCCUUCUGCAACUUAAUCAUCCAAGUUCUUGAUAGGAUAGGACCGACAAUGGCUGUUCUCAGACAAGACAUCGAUCAAAAUAUUCAGAGAUUAGAGAAGCUUUAUGAAACAGAUCAUUGUGGUUACUCCAACUUGGUGGAGAUUCUGAACAAAGAAAGGAACGAGGGGACACAUAAGAUGGUUACCAGUUGCAGUAGAGCCCUUCUUUGGCUCACUAGGACAAUGGAUUUUUCUGUGGCUUUAUUAAGAUUGUUGUCCAAAGAGAUGUCGUCAAAAAUGGAAGAACUUGUAGAAGAAUGCUACAUGGCCACUUUAAAACCACACCAUGGGUGGAUCGCCUCUGCAGCUUUCAAAGUGUGCUUAAAGAUAGUGCCUGACAAUAAAACUUUUAUGGACGCGAUCGGUGCAAGAGACCAGAGCUAUGAGACCCUUAGAGAAGAAAUUGAUACAUUAAGCUCAUUGUUGACACCUAUUCUCAAAGAAAUCUCCAUUGUUCUGGAACAAUACGGGUUGAACAGAUUAAAAUCGAUGUAAAAGAUGGAUCAGAAGUGAUAUAAUCUUUAAUUAAUGUUUUUGUUAAAGUGAUAAUUUAUAUUUUAACAAAAGUGACUAUCUUUGUAUGUAUAUAUCAGUUGUUAUACAAUUUGUUAAUUUAAUCAUUCGAACUAAAAUGAUUUCGUCUUUUAAUAAUAAGAU